AUGGUGUUGAAAACCGAACUGCUGUCGGUUAUCUGCGCCCCCGUCGCUCCUCACCACACCAAGUUGUUCAACAUUCCCGGGCCCCUCCCGGCGCAUGGCCAGGACUAUCCUCAACCGCCGUGUCCUUAUCUUCACCCUGGUCCUGUUGGUCCACUUCUUGGGCCCAGUCCCCCAGCAUAUUUGCAGAGCCGGCCGAAGGAUGGCAGACAGCGGUGUCGCCACUCUGAUGUUGGACAAUCGUCAUCUCCACUUCUGCCUUCCGGUCACCGAACUGCUGUCGGUUAUCCCGUCGCUCCUCACCACACCAAGUUGUUCAACAUUCCCGGGCCCCUCCCGGCGCAUGGCCAGGACUAUCCUCAACCGCCGUGUCCUUAUCUUCACCCUGGUCCUGUUGGUCCACUUCUUGGGCCCAGUCCCCCAGCAUAUUUGCAGAGCCGGCCGAAGGAUGGCAGACAGCGGUGUCGCCACUCUGAUGUUGGACAAUCGUCAUCUCCACUUCUGCCUUCCGGUCACCGAACUGCUGUCGGUUAUCCCGUCGCUCCUCACCACACCAAGUUGUUCAACAUUCCCGGGCCCCUCCCGGCGCAUGGCCAGGACUAUCCUCAACCGCCGUGUCCUUAUCUUCACCCUGGUCCUGUUGGUCCACUUCUUGGGCCCAGUCUCCCAGCAUAUUUGCAGAGCCGGCCGAAGGAUGGCAGACAGCGGUGUCGCCACUCUGAUGUUGGACAAUCGUCAUCUCCACUUCUGCCUUCCGGUCACCGAACUGCUGUCGGUUAUCCCGUCGCUCCUCACCACACCAAGUUGUUCAACAUUCCCGGGCCCCUCCCGGCGCAUGGCCAGGACUAUCCUCAACCGCCGUGUCCUUAUCUUCACCCUGGUCCUGUUGGUCCACUUCUUGGGCCCAGUCCCCCAGCAUAUUUGCAGAGCCGGCCGAAGGAUGGCAGACAGCGGUGUCGCCACUCUGAUGUUGGACAAUCGUCAUCUCCACUUCUGCCUUCCGGUCACCGAACUGCUGUCGGUUAUCCCGUCGCUCCUCACCACACCAAGUUGUUCAACAUUCCCGGGCCCCUCCCGGCGCAUGGCCAGGACUAUCCUCAACCGCCGUGUCCUUAUCUUCACCCUGGUCCUGUUGGUCCACUUCUUGGGCCCAGUCCCCCAGCAUAUUUGCAGAGCCGGCCGAAGGAUGGCAGACAGCGGUGUCGCCACUCUGAUGUUGGACAAUCGUCAUCUCCACUUCUGCCUUCCGGUCACCGAACUGCUGUCGGUUAUCCCGUCGCUCCUCACCACACCAAGUUGUUCAACAUUCCCGGGCCCCUCCCGGCGCAUGGCCAGGACUAUCCUCAACCGCCGUGUCCUUAUCUUCACCCUGGUCCUGUUGGUCCACUUCUUGGGCCCAGUCCCCCAGCAUAUUUGCAGAGCCGGCCGAAGGAUGGCAGACAGCGGUGUCGCCACUCUGAUGUUGGACAAUCGUCAUCUCCACUUCUGCCUUCCGGUCACCGAACUGCUGUCGGUUAUCCCGUCGCUCCUCACCACACCAAGUUGUUCAACAUUCCCGGGCCCCUCCCGGCGCAUGGCCAGGACUAUCCUCAACCGCCGUGUCCUUAUCUUCACCCUGGUCCUGUUGGUCCACUUCUUGGGCCCAGUCCCCCAGCAUAUUUGCAGAGCCGGCCGAAGGAUGGCAGACAGCGGUGUCGCCACUCUGAUGUUGGACAAUCGUCAUCUCCACUUCUGCCUUCCGGUCACCGAACUGCUGUCGGUUAUCCCGUCGCUCCUCACCACACCAAGUUGUUCAACAUUCCCGGGCCCCUCCCGGCGCAUGGCCAGGACUAUCCUCAACCGCCGUGUCCUUAUCUUCACCCUGGUCCUGUUGGUCCACCUCUUGGGCCCAGUCCCCCAGCAUAUUUGCAGAGCCGGCCGAAGGAUGGCAGACAGCGUUGUCACCGCUCUGAUGUUGGACAAUCGUCAUCUCCACUUCUGCCUUCCGGUUACCAGAAGGAGAAUUCAAGUUAUCUUCGCUGUGCAAAUCCUGCACCGUCAUCUCGGGAGAGCACCACUGAUGUUCCAGAAGGUUGGGGAGAGUUGUCAUUCACCUAG